CUGCUGGUGGUUGGGGCUGUAGCGAUAAUAAAUGAUAGAGGAUACAAUGACUUUGCUGUCUCUGCUGGGUCGCAUCAUGCGCUACUUCUUGCUGAGACCCGAGACACUCUUCCUGCUGUGCAUCAGCUUGGCACUGUGGAGUUACUUCUUCCACACGGACGAGGUGAAGACCAUCGUCAAGUCCAGCCGGGACGCCGUGAAGAUGGUGAAGGGCAAGGUGGCCGAGAUCAUGCAGAACGAUCGGCUCGGCGGGCUCGACGUCCUGGAGGCCGAGUUUUCCAAGACCUGGGAGUUUAAGAGCCACAACGUGGCUGUGUAUUCCAUCCAGGGCCGGAGAGACCACAUGGAGGACCGAUUUGAAGUUCUUACGGACCUAGCCAACAAGACGCACCCGUCCAUCUUCGGGAUCUUUGACGGACACGGUGGCGAGACUGCAGCUGAGUAUGUAAAAUCGAGACUCCCAGAGGCCCUUAAACAGCAUCUUCAGGACUACGAGAAGGACAAAGAAAAUAGUGUUCUGUCUUACCAGACCAUCCUUGAACAGCAGAUUCUGUCUAUUGACCGAGAAAUGCUAGAAAAAUUGACUGUAUCCUAUGACGAAGCAGAUUUUUCAAAAACACAUGAGCCAGGCCUUAGAAAGGGCGUGUGUACGGGUGGACCCUCAAGUGCAAGCUGCAUAGCUUCAGGUACGACGUGUCUGAUUGCUCUGCUCUCAGAUAAGGACCUCACCGUGGCCAAUGUGGGUGACUCGAGAGGGGUCCUGUGUGACAAGGACGGAAACGCCAUUCCUCUGUCUCAUGAUCACAAGCCUUACCAACUGAAGGAGAGAAAGAGGAUAAAGAGAGCUGGUGGAUUUAUCAGUUUCAAUGGCUCCUGGAGGGUCCAGGGAAUCCUAGCCAUGUCUCGGUCCCUGGGGGAUUAUCCGCUGAAAAAUCUCAAUGUGGUCAUCCCAGACCCAGAUAUCCUGACCUUUGACCUGGACAAGCUCCAGCCCGAGUUCAUGAUCUUGGCAUCAGAUGGCCUCUGGGAUGCUUUCAGCAAUGAAGAAGCCGUUCGAUUCAUCAAGGAGCGCUUGGAUGAACCUCACUUUGGGGCUAAGAGCAUAGUUUUACAGUCAUUUUACAGAGGCUGUCCUGACAAUAUAACGGUCAUGGUGGUGAAGUUCAGGAAUAGCAGCAAAACAGAAGAGCAGUGAACCCUUCCAGGUCUUGGCUGCCUUAGACUAAAGGACUGUCAACACACUGGUCUCUUUUAAUGUAGUGAAAGGCGUGGGAGUUACAGUUAGGAUCAGCCACCUAGACGUGGGAUUCCCUCCCUGGUGGUCAUAGGUCUAUAUGCAGUUAUGAACAGAGGGUGCUCUUGGCCAACGUAGCUGAGAGGCUGGAAAAUGGUUUCUUCAUGUGUUCCCAAUUCUUUCCUCCAAUGUUCAAAAUAUAUAAAUAUAUAGCGGUAGAUUCACAUGUAUGACGUGAAUGGCAUACGUGCCAUAUAUUCUCCCCUUUGGGAUUCUUUUCAAGACCUCUUCCAGGACUCUCCAGGCAUCAGACUCUGUCCUCUCUUUGCAGCAGUGCACAGAGCAGGCCCUCAAAGCUGCGGGAGACAGGCUGCAGCGGCCCCUGUGAGUCUGGGCUGCCGGGCCGAUGGCCGCUGCUGAGGGGCAGAGCUGUCCUGAGAAGGCUUUGUCCUCCGGAGCCCAGCUUUUCUGCUCAGCAGCAGCCCAGACACAGGGGUGAAAUGGUUUAUUAUUCCGGGGCUGCUUUUGGGGACAGAGGGAAGCGGGGAGGAUGAGGGCUGCCUGCACAGCAGACAUAACCUUUUCCCCCGGCUUCCCUUCUUAAAUGGACUCUGUGUACCACCUGACCCGUCUUCGUGCGUUUAUCCUAAUCGUGCAUGACCUUAACCUUUUGCUUCGACCUCACCUUAUGUAAUAGGCAGCUGUGAAACGUCACCACCAGACACCACGAUUUUUCGUCUUACCAGAAACCUGUUAGGGGAAAUGAACAAAGCGAAUCACAAUACCAUAAUUUCUUCAAUCUUUAAGGGUAGAUAGAGGGAAAUAGCAGCCAAAUAAGUCACAGCGCCCCCUGGGAAAUCUGCUGUUUCCAUUAGAAGAGAAAGCUGGGGAGGUCACCACCCUGAACUGAGCUCCAGCGGCCAUUUUUGUGCGGGUUUUGUUUUUCCCUCUUGUCCUAGUAGCUUUCGAGUGUUGUUCACACGGUGUUCUGAGAAGCACAGCCUAGAACUGCGUGUGUGUUCCUGGAAGCCGGGUACACAGUUCGCAGCGCAGUUUGGCAUUUGGAGAUAAAAUGCUGGCAUGUGCUUCUCCUUGACAGUGGAAAGGCCACCGCCCGUGACAUUCGGUCGCAGAUCACUGUCCACACCAGGUAGCUUUCCCCAGGCGAACACAACCCGCCCCACACCACCCUGCUCUCCGGCAACCAUGCUGGCUGGGAAUUCAAGCUCAAACCUGUAUUGUUAAGUGGCUCGGAGUUACUUCCGGCCCAGGCUUGCUGCUCUUCAUUUCCUGUCACCAAAGUCAUGUUUCCAAUCUCAGUAUUUUAUAAAUUAAUUGACAGAGAGUCCUGGGUCAGCCCGUUUGCCUGACUUAGGUGGCUCAAACAACCAAACAAGAUUUUUGUUGUGUCCCCACCCCUCUGUGUCUGAAAUGUCAAGGUGUCCACCUGGUUUCGUCCUUCUCAAGUGGGCACUUGUUAAAGCUUCUCAAAGAUCCAAUUCACUGGCCGGCCACUCCAGCCCCAGCCCACUGUGUCGUCCCCCACUCCCCCCCGCCCUCCGCCCUUCCUCAACUGUGGAGCUUUCCCGAAGCAGGUUCCAGGGAAGAACUUGGGAGGAUGAAGAUUCCCUUAUGGCCGCCAAGGACUGCAACCUGUCUUGAUUCCUCCAAGCGCUUCCCAUUUUUUUUUUUUUUUACUGCAAUGAGAAUUAAUAAUGGCUUCCUAAGAGAUUUGCUCACUUUUGUAAACUGUAAUAUUAGACUUUCCAACGUUAGAAUUAGAACCAUGGUUAUUUUUUUUAGCUAUAGAAUGUUCUAGUACAAAAUAUCUGUCACCAUUUUACAUUGAAAUAUUGGCCUGUUGAGAGACAGUGAACAUUUGGAUUGUGUGUUUGGGGUGGGGGUUAGGAGAGAAAGGUAGGAGCCAGGCUGGUUGUGCUCAGUGAAGGGAUGGGCAAGCCAGGUGGACUGAGCUUGCUUGGAGAUCUAGGACAUUCCAACUCUGGAAAGUUACCAAAGCCCACCCUCUAACUGAAGGUCAGGAAUAAGCAGUUUCAGCAUUUUAUGCUGUACAGUCCAUGUUCCUUUUUUAUUUUUAACUUAACCCUAAAAUUCAUAUUGACAAGGGAAAGAUUUUUAAAUUCCAUCAUCGUUACUGUCUAAAAUGAAAAGAGACAUGUUUUGGUGAAGAUGAAAAAGCAAAGCUAGAGGACAUGAGUGUUUCUUUACCCCGAGCGGGGUCUUCCUUGGUGGUGGGUGGUGCCAAGGGCAGGAGUGCUCCCCUUCCCCCCCAGCUGAGGUUACCGGUGUCUUCUAAAGUUUGCUUUGUAGAAUUAAUUCAUUUCUGAACCUAGCCAUGUAGUGUGUGUAUUUCCUUCCCUUUCUUUCUGCCUCUUUUCCUCUCACUUUGGUUUGUAGAUUUUUUUAAAGACAGACGUUUUAGGCAGAAUAGUAGCAGUUUGAUUAAGAGUUAUGUCUAAAAUCAGAGAACUUUGCUUCUUUCCCCUGUCCUGGCGUGCUUCCCCUGCUCCUCGUCCAGCUGUUCAGGGUCUGCAGACAUCACCCCCAGGGGCCCUGUGGCUCAUUUUCUAGAGACAAGGGAAAAGUUGAAUCUAGCCUUUAGGGAAAUAGAUUUGAGAAGUUUGCAUGUGAAGCUUCCCCAAACAGCACUGCCAAAGCUUUGGAAUUGUCCCAUGAUGCUGCCCAGACCCCCCAGCCCGAGUUCGCAUUGCCAAUACCCCCAUGGUGCCAAAUUUUGGGAUGGUUUUAUGGUCUUUUAGAAAUGAAGUUGGGAAUGAAUGACCACAUGCUUACGAGCCCCCAGCAAGAUGCCAAGCGCAGAUUCUCAUGAAUGCACCGGUCCGCUGCUGCCCCCUGGCAAUUUGUCCUCUCAGCAUGGGUUGGGAUUGGGAAGUGUGGAUAGGACAAGGUAGGGAAAAUUUUUUUGAAAAUUCACUGUAUUUGCAAUUCUCUAAUUAAAGAGUAAACAAUACUUACAUUAAAAAUUCCAAAGCUAGUUCCCAAGACCUGCAUUGAUUUUAUGUGACCAACUUGCCCAAGGCACUGACCUCUGAAGUCACUAUUCUAAUACAUGACUAUGCGCAUAUGUACACGUUACUGGUAACCAGUGGCUACUUCUGUUCCUUGCCUUAGAAGGUAUUGGCCUCUUGAAUCUUGUCUAUGUAGUAAGACUUACAGAGAGUGUUUUCUAGAGUGAAAGAGCAUAUGCAAUCUGGGUAAUUUAAAACAGGGCUUAUUUCAUACAACUGUAAUGAUUUCAACCCACAUCCAUUCUGUGCAAACGGGGACUGCGUGAGAAUCAU